AUGUUUACCUCAAAGCGUUCACCUCUGACAGAAACAGAUAGCAAUGUGAAGACUGGGCCCAAUGUUGUGGUUAAAAAGAGGACAGUGGAGCGGAUAGACGUGUCGCAGGCUCGUAAGAAGCCCCGUGUGGGCAUGGAGGCCACUGCAAGAGCUAGAACCAUCGAAGGUGCUGUACAACAACCAAAUCAUUCCCAGCAAUCGUCGCACCAAAACCAGCAAAUCGCAGCCAAAGUGACCCCACAGGAUCUGCUGGAAUGGCAAACUAAUUGGAGACGGAUAAUGCGGAGGGAUACCAAGAUUUAUUUCGAUACCACAGAGGCAUUGCACAAAAACGAUAAAAAACGCGAAGCGUUAAAACGUGCGUUUUUGUCUUUGGGAGCUCAAAUCACCGCUUUUUUCGACACAGACGUCACGGUGGUGGUCACACAACGUGUGUUACGGGACUACGAUCGACUACCAGACACGGAUGUGUUGGCUCGAGCCGCCAAGCGCUACAUGAAGAUUUGGAACUACGAAAAAGCCACACGGUUUUUGCACAAUCUGGACGUGGAUGUGGACGCAUUGGAGACCAAGACCACAGCUUUGGCGCCCUCCACGCUAUCAAAUUUGCUACACAACGAAAAACUGUAUGGACCUGCAGAUCGAGACCCAAAGGCCCGCCGAGAUGAUGUGCACUACUUCAAACACGCAUAUGUUUAUCUGUAUGACCUGUGGCAAGUGUGGGCGCCCGUAAUAGUGGCAGAAUGGCGACCUCAAGAUGGCGCAUCGCACCCUACGGUGCGGCCGGGAAGUUUUGGUAGGUGUCCGUUCAUUGGCGAUGGCCAAUGUGACGAACAAAGUGGGCGACGGAUCUUGAAACGGUAUCGUCGCGACUAUGCCAACGAGAAAUAUGCGCUACGGCUGCGACUGUUGUACCAGCGAAGCGCGGACCCGCAGACGAUCUUGAGCCGGAAAACUGAAGCUCACUAUGAUAUGGGAAACGAAAACGAAAACGACAAUGAAAACGAAAACGAGAACGAACACGGAGACGACUACGAACAAGAACACGAAUACAGCGACAAUACUGACUCCGUCCGGCGACUUUUGAUGCUGCCGCACGAGUAUUGCAAUUCCUACGAGCAACACCAAAAUCUGAUGGGGACUCCUCAAAACGCUGUUUCACCACAAAAGUCUUGUUCGCAUCGGGAGAAAGAAUGCAUUAAUACUGGUACUGUUACUACAACUACACUCACACAACAUCCCAGUGGCCAAAACCAUAAUCAGGAACUACUGUCACGGGACACCUCUCUCCACGUGACCGCGUCCGCUCACCACCGUCCGUCCAAAGUGACCUGGAGCGUCCCCAAUGCUUUUGUACGGCAGGCGCCCGGGUCUCUAGCACGGCAGGACACAGAAGAAGCGCCGCUGGACGAUUUGUGUGGACGGAAAUCACGGAUCCCGCACGAGAUCCGCGCCAGCGGCGUUGUGCAGUCCAACGACGGCGUUGGGUCUAUUUCCGCCACGGGGUCUGUUGUGGGCAAUGGUUUGGGACCCACACGGGCCUCUGUCACCAGCAAGAACUUGAAGUCGCUGAACCGGCUGGUAGUAGACAAGAAGUUCACCGCGGAGGCCAAAUUACAAAAGCCUACUCCUACUACUACUACUAUUACCACUACUACUACUACUACUGCUAGCACUAACGCCGCCACCCACACACCCCGCCCUGCGCCCUCCACCCACACCCCCGACGCCAGAAAGCCGCGCAACGACGCAAAGGCUGGUCCCGGCUAUUGUGAGAACUGCAGGGUCAAAUACGAGUCUUUGACAGAGCAUAUUGACUCGGAGAAGCACCGGCAGUUUGCCGGUGACGAUCGCAACUUCGAGGCCGUGGACUUCCUAAUCCGGAAACUUGCAGACUCGCGUGCAUGA